GAAAUCAAAAACCCGGCAUAACUCCAAGUACUUCAAUUGCGCUUCAGAAUUCCUUUUCCCCUUCUAUUUUACCCUAUCAACAGCGGUGAUUUGAUAUACGAGGUAAAAAGCCACACAUACACAGACGCAGACACAUUUUCAAGCCUUAUUUUAGUUUCUUGUUUUGUUAGCCGUUGCUUUGCCCCUGCUCAUCUCCUUCACCUUUCGUAUACGCUUCCUACUUCUGAGACACCCCUGUCAUCCUUUUUUUAUCUGGAAUUGUGGUGCUUUCCAGUCUUUGGAGGAGAGUUAAAUGGUACCCCAAAGCGAUACACAGCGCGGAACUUCUUGCUAUCUCUUUCCUGUUUUUUCUUCUUUUUUCUAAAGCGCACCGAAACAACGACACGUUGUACUGAAAGGGCGGAGAAAGGCAUUUAUGGAUUUCAGAAUACAGUGUCAUACAAGGAUAUUUACACAUAUACAUUUUAGCAAAUAGGCAGCGAAACGGCUUGGCCGAGCGGUAGUUCGUGCCUCCAUGCGAAACAGCUGUGUCGAGGCGGCUUUUUUUUUUUGGGCGCAUUGCGCUGAUCGAGGAAUCAGCGCCAAAAUAAUCUGUUCCUUUCGCUCUGCUAGGAAACUGGUUACCGUUGCUUCUCCGGUAUCAUAACUAAUUUCAUUUACUUACUGUCCCAACCGUUGACUACUCUGGAAGGUAGUGCUUUUUUUUCUUCUAUUCUCCCUUUGCUUCUAUACACACUAGUAGGACCUGCGUAAAACACCACGUCUGAAGCCGGCUCCGCAGCAGGCAGUAUCUGACCCUUUUUUUGUUUGAACUGGAGAAAGGUAUUUUUUUCGUUUCCAAUUCGUUCCUUUCCUUUAUUUUCUCUCCUUUUGUUUUGAACCGUAAGAGUCAGCGAACGCACGUGGUCGCGGUUUCGUCAACCGCGGCUACCUUCAGUGGCGCUGUUUGCCUUUCCCUCCCGAGCAAACUUGUGCAUACGGUGCUCGUUGUACGGCACUCUUUCUCUUUCUUCCCCUGUUCACGCUGAAUUGAGCAGUCGAUCCGUGUGUGAUCGAGCGAAGGAGAGACGCUGCGGACGAAACCAACACAGAACCCUUCGCUCUCGAUUAGUGUGUGCUUUGUUCAGUGUUAUUCAUCACCACACCAGAGGGAGAGAUGCUUGAGAAGUACAUUGCCGCCCUCUUGGUGCCGUACCUGUCCAAGUACGUGGAGAACAUCAACGAGGAUCAGCUGAAGAUCAACAUUUGGAGUGGCAAGGCGGCGCUGAAUGACCUCAUCUUGCGGCCCGAGGCCCUCGACGCGCUGCUGAGCGCCAUCGGCGACAAGGACGAGGAGGCCGACGCAGUCGCGGCGGGAGUGUCUCCCGUGUCGCAGUUGCCUAAUAAGAAAAAGAAGAAGCCAGCGCUGCCCAUCCGAGCCCACCGCGGCAUCUGCAAGAACGUCUCUCUCUCCAUCCCUCUCAAGCACCUUCGCUCCGAGCCGGUCGUGGUGGAGGUGGGGGAGCUGCUGCUGACGCUGAAGGGCGCCAGCGACCUCGCCGGCCUGAACGGCGACCGUGGCCGGCCAGCGGAAGACGGUGGUCUCCCUUCCAGUGGCAGUUUGCGCAAUGGCAAGGCGGAGAGGUGGACGGCCAUCGCUGAGGCAAAGGCACACGAAUUGGAGACCUUCGAGGCGGAGCGCAAGCGGCAGAAGGAGCAGGCGGAGCAGCCAACAGCCGCAGCGGACGCAGAAGGCAAGAACGCCGACACGCCCAACAACCAAAAAAGCGGCGGCGGCGGCGGCUUCUUCUCCCGCCUGGGCGAGCUGGUGAUCAACAACGUCAUUGUGAAGGUGCAAACGGUGCACGUCCGUUACGAGGAUGAGGCGACGGACACCGUCAUUGGCGCCGUGCUGGGCGGAGUGCAGCUGCUGACGAUGAACGAGACAACUGGGCAGCCGAUGUUCACCGACCCGUCGGGGCUGCAGAAGAUGUGGAAGCGGCUCGUCUUCAACGACUUACAGGUGUACUGCGAUGACCCGAGUCUCGUCCGUACGAACGCACCGCUGGGCCGCAGCUGGUACGCAAAGAUCGACGACUGGCAGCAGUGGUACCACCGCAUGCGCCAACGUGCGCGGGACGGCUCGGUUGCGUUGUCGACCAUCUUCGGCCCCGUUUCUGGUGGCCUCGACGCGAGAGUGGUGUUCAAGCUGUUUGUCCGUGAGCUACUGAAUACCCCCUACGCAGACGUGUCGUUGAAGUUGCAGCACGUCAUGGCGAGCCUGACCCGUGCGCAGUACACCAAAAUUCUGCAAACGAUCAUGCUGUUUACGAACCAGGCGGAGGUGUCGGAGCUGCAGCGGUGGCGGCCACACGUGCCGGUGAAGGGACACGCGCGGCAAUGGUGGCGCUACGCCAUUCGGGCAGUGCGCAGCGUGCUGGAGGAGCCGAAGCGGGAGGCGCUGCUGACCCGCGUGUCCGCGGUCUGCAAGCUCGACUACCAAGUUCUCUACCGCGACGUCGUGCGCCAGACGGCGAUGACGCCGGAGAAGACGAAGAGCUAUCGCUUUGUCACGCGGUUUACGACGACGGAGGACAUGAAGGCGGCCCGCAAGCAGGUCUACGCGCAGAUCGCGAAUGAAAUCCAAAUGAAACGAAAGGACAACGAAAUACGUAAAGCGGAGGAGAUGGCGAAGCAGCACCAGGCGAAUGCGCAGCAGGAGCAGAUGCAGGCGCAAGAGCAGAAGGCGCAGGGGCAGUCGAAGCGAGGGUGGCUUUCGUGGCUUGUCGGCAGCAAUGAGAGUUCUUCGCCGAACGUGUCGGUUUCAGACAGCGCGACCGCAAAGGAGAUCGCCGAAGACGAGAGGUUCUUUACCACGCUUGAGUCGGAGUACGGCAUCAGCGGCGCGGACUCGGAGGCGGAUCAGUCUGCCUCCGUCGCCUAUACGCCCGAGGCGGAGAAGGGGCUGCCGCCGUCGUACUGCUGGCUGCGGGCGACCUUCGAGCUGCCCUUCACGAGCUAUCGCAUCGACACCGACCAGGGCGACUCUGUCACCCUCAAGAUCUUCCGCCUGCGCGGCGGUGUGUCGUCCUUCAACAAGCCCAACUCGGUACUGUUUUACUUCCGCACGCAGAACAUCACAUUGGCCAACUUCGCCUCUUCUUCCUCUUCCUCAUUGAAGCCAGCCAUCGAGGGCGGCAACAACCUCAAUCAAACAUCAGGAGCUGCGGCGAGCGUCUCAGCGGCGAUGUCGGCAACGCAGACCUGCGCGGCGUUGGUGCCAUACCUGAUCGAGGGUGUCCAGCUGAACCGUCGUGCGAGUAAGUCGAGCUCGACAGGGGAGCGGGUCACCAUGCGCUCGCUGACCUCGGUGGACUGCGGAAAGCAGCUGCCGUCCUCCAUGGAGGCCCCUACCAUUCUCGACGUGGUGGACGCGAGCGGGUCGGAGCUGCCCACGUCGCCGCUGCCACCCGCGGUGUCGCCCGCACGGCAAGGCAACGCCCCUGCGAAGACGAACGGCGGCAGAAGCAGCAGCAGCAACACCAGCGGGGAGGACGACAAGCUGCCGUCGCAGGAGCUGUUGACUUCGUCCGACUACGCCACCCCGCUUUUCAGCAUCACCGGCUUCUUGAACCCGGUGGAGCAGCCGCUGGCCGACACGACGGUGGACGUCGCCGUGAAGGUGCAGCUGCUGCCGCUGCGAAUUGUAGCGGACCCGACGACGAUUAAGCACUUGAUCGACUUUUUCACCCCACCGGCCGGGGUCGAUGUGUCGGGGUUUUCGGAGACGACGAAGCACGCCGCGAGUGCCGUCCGUUCGGCCGCCUCGCAGGAGCUGCGUGCUGCCAUGACCAAGGCGAAGGGGCUGUAUAUCACGGUGGACGCCUCGGCGCCGGUGCUGAUCCUGCCGAAGGGCCUGCACCUCAGUGCGCAGGAGACGGCGCUGGCCGUCUCGCUUGGUCGGGUGCGCUUCCACGCACGUCCGCUGACGGAGACGGAGAAGCAGCGCCGCCUCACCGCUGCGGCGGCCGUGACGGACCGGCCGACACUGCCGACGCCGACGAAGCCGUCGCUGUCCGACGCGGAGAGGAGCUGCGGGGCGCCGGCGCGGGCAGCCGCGGCGGAGGAGUCGCUCUUCUACUACCCCCACAAGGCAAGCUUUUCGAAGUUUUACCUGGAGCUCACCACCGUGGAGAAGGCGAUGCGACUCCCGCAGCAGGGGUUUCUGCUCAUUCCCGAGGUGUCGAUCGCUGCCGACGUGCUGCAGCGCAUUGAUGACCGCAACACCACUCGUGAAGCAUUCGUGCUCCGUCUGAAGGUGCCGACGCUGCGGGUGGCGUGCUCACUGCACCAGGUGUACUUGAUCACGAGCCUGGUCGAUGCCUGGAUCUCGCACCUCGGUUCGGGCAAGCCGAAUGAGCCGGCGGUGAAGGACGGCGCAACAAGCCGCAGUCCUUCCGCCGCGUUGUCGGCCGAACUCCAUCGAAGCCGGGCGGUGUCGGAGGCGAUGGAGGUCCACGCGGAGGGCGGCGGCGAUCACGGCGAGCCAGCAAAGGAGAGUAAAGCCAAGCCGAAGUCCGCGGACGGCGGUGCUUCUCCGACGCCGGGCUCGUCGCCCACCUUCAGCUCUCCCGCGUCGACCGCGCCGGCGAGGGCGGCGGCAAGCGGCGGCGAUCCCCCGGUCAUGCGCCUCGAGCUGCUGGUGCUGCGACUCGGCCUCGACGUGUACGACGACGACGCUUCGACGCUGCACGUCUCGCCGCUUCCUGUGUACAGGGUGGAGUGUGUCAGCGCGGAGUUCAUUUUUGCGGUGCGGACCCACCACAAGAAGAUGGUGUUGUGGUUGAAAGAGCCGCACAUCGUGGCGGCCCAUGACGCGGACCGGCCCAUUCUGUCGUGCGGCGGCGUACGCGUCGAUGUGCUCAUCUUGGAAGGGGAGACCCCAACGGGUGUGGCCGUCAGCGUCGACGCGGCGCUGAACCUGUGUGUCGGCACGGCCUGUGUGGAGAUGCUCGAGACGACGAUGGAUGUGGUAAACCUGAUCCUCUCCGCCGUAAACAGCAAAGACCCCGCCAACGACACCCCCGACCUCGACUGGUCGUUCCUCACGGCUGCCGCGGGAAAAGGGGAGCUGGUCGGCAGUGCGUCCGGCGUGGCACGCAUCGACGCCACCAUGGGCAGCUCCCACAACCGUCUCAGCGACCUCGCGUACCAGAUGAACAUGGUGCGACAGCAGAACGCCAUGCCGAACCGACACGUCGCGGAUGUCUUUGUGCGCGUGCACGGACCGGCGACCGUCACACUGCUUAACCGCGCGCCGAGUGAGGCGGAGGACAGCGCAUUUGCCUCUGCCGCCGUCAGCGAUGUGGAACUGCGGCUGUCGAAGUUCGCCGCGACGAUGGACCUCUCGGGCCGGGUGGGCGCGGUGUCAGCGAGCGUGCUGGCCUCCUCCGGCCUGGCAGAGGAGAAUCGGACCUUGCUGGCCUACACGCCUGCCUCGUCGCACCCACGAGCGACGUCCACCGUGGAGGAGGAGGGGGAGGACAGCGGCAGCAGCGUCCCCACCGGCGCGGCAAAUACGGCGAAACCGGCACCUCCGCCCAUCCACGUGCGCGGGCAUUCCUUUUCGGCGCCGGGGCCCCGCGCGGGGGGUGAAAGGGGCGAGAGCAGCUCCGCCCUCCCCCGCAGCCCCGACACGGCAGACGCCGACAGCAGUGGUCACAUCACCUUCAGCUUCCGUAAAAGCCGGCCCGUCAUGCCACUCUUCCAGGAGGUCGGCGGCAAGCGCGUGCUCGCCAAUCCGCAGGAGCUGCGCUACUCGAGCGCGCUGGAGCUGGUCGUGGGCUCCAGCACCAUCACCCUCGACCUUAACACCGUUAUGGUCUUUAAGACGUACUUUGUGUCCGGCCUCUUUUCCCGCUUCAGUCGCCUCAGUGACCGCCCGCUCUACAACGGUCGAGCGCCUCCGCCGGCGAGGGAGGGGCCUCGGCUGCUGAUGAGCUUCCGCGUGGUGGUGCGCGACACCGUCGUUGUGCUACCCGUCGACCCACGCAAGGCGAACACCCACCGCUUCUGCGCCGCCCUCGGCAACCUGGUGCUGGAGAACAGCCUGAACACGGCGGAGUGCAAGGAGACGAUGAACAUCUCGUUUGGGGAGCUUGGCUUCUGGCGUGAGGAGCCCGUCAGCUCACCGGGCGAUACGACAGACGGCACAGACAGCAAAGACAACGGCCAACAUCAACGUCGCACCAUGCUGCACUCCGCCUUGCUUCCGAAGCCGACGUACGUGGAGAUGGCGGUGCGACUGCCGCUGGACUUACUCUCCGACGACGCGCCGCACAUCGAUAUUCGCAGCGAGGACGUUUCGCUGGAGCUGCGCGAGACGGACUUGGUGCAACUGGUGACGCUGCUGCGUCAAAAUUUGACGCGCACCGACCAGACCGCCAUCUCACAGUUCACGGUCGAGGCACCGAAGCCGUCGCGGCAGGUGGUGGUCGGUCAGGACGGCCAAGCGAGGUUGGUGAUGCAGUCCCACACAAAUGCGUCGGGUGCGUGGGAGGGCCAUGACAGCAGCAGUGCAUUGGCCAACCCCGCGGGCCCUGUCUCCACCUCCUUCGCCGUCUCCGCGGUCGCACGCGUCACCCACCGAUGCAGCGAAGAACUGUACAUCAGUCUGCGCCUCGGCAGAAUUUCGACGCUGCUUUCCGAUGGGCGGAGUGAGGCGACCACCGGCAACUCCGCGGUCACGUCCACCGUCUCCCGCUUCCAGCUGCAGAGCAGCGGACUCGCCAUGACCGCGGCGCUGCCGUCGAAUCACAUUGGGGUGCGUUGGAAGAGCCUUCAGCUGGACGACGUACGCGACAACAGCAGUUCGGCGUUGCUGUGGUGUGAGGCGGGCUCGCUGCAGCUUGCCGAUUCCCUCACGACGCAGAGCAUUCUCAUGUCCGACUUCGGCGUCCGCCGCAGUGCACUGCACAGCGUCGACCCGGACGAAUGGAUGAUGGGAUCCCUGACGAGCAGCAGCAGCCACCAGCAGGGCAGCAGCAUCGGUGACACGAAGCAAGGUGGCGCUCAUGUCAACAACAAUAAUAACGAUAGCGACGACGACGAGCCGGAGUGGUUCCCCCCUCCCGAUGUGAGAGCAGAGCCCAAGAAGCGCCACAGCCCGACGACAGCACGGCCAGGUGCAAACACGGAGUUGCUGUCCAUCUCGGUCAUGUCGGCGGAUUUCACACUGCGCCGGUUGGCCGUGUCGGAUCAGUGGCUGGCCUUGUACGACGCGACGUGCAACGAGACGGUCGCCGCCGCCUGGACAGCCCCGCAGACGGGCAUGCUGGCGAUGAAAGCACCAGCAACCACCACUACAAAUACCACGAAAGGCCGAGAAGAAGGUGGCGGUGCCGGAGCAACAGAAUCCGCGGCGAAGAAUUCCGGCAUGCGCAUCUGCGUCACCACACCCAACGUCGUCAUUCCUUUCCUCAACUCACUCCGCGAGACACUCAUCGAGGCAAAUAUUGCGGCUGUGCUCGUGGAUGUAGUGCGCCUGCCGAGCGCGUCCACGCAGGUUGCGGUGAAGGUGCGGGAGCUGAACGUGGUGGACGCCGUCUCUGGAGAGGAGAUUAUUUACCGCCGCAGACCUACUUCCACAGCGGCAGCGGCAGCAACAACAGCCGUGGCAGCAACGCGCACGUCCGCGAACUGCGGCGCGUCGCUUCCCGCCGGCUCCCCGCUCUCCGCCGGAGCUGAGACAGGAGGAGCGGGUGGUGGCGGCAGUGCCGGCCUGUCGCAGACGGUGUCACUUGCCGUGGCGCCCGCAACGCAACGAGACUGGGAGGAGGGCUGGGAGGACGUGGACGCCCCCUUUUCGCCGCUGCUCGGCACGAAGGCGGGCGGCACGGGCGCCCACGGCCCCACCAGAGCCGCAGCGGGAGGGGGCAUGGACAACAACGGCGACGAGGCCGGCGCCCCCCUCGGGAGAGCGGCUGCGUCACCCACCGCAUCGGACGCACCGGAGGUUCUGCAGUUUACUUUCAAGGCGGACCCCGCGGCGAACACGAAUCAGAUUCAGCUGGGCAUCGGUGCACUGCACGCGUUGGUCUCUAUGCCCAUCAUCCACGGCCUCGUCGACUACUUCACCUCGCCGUGCGAGCCGGUGGCGAAGAUCGGCAGCUUAGGCGUUAUGCGCGAGCAGCGUGCUCGCAUGGCGGCGGCGGCACAGCAGAUGGCGAACAACUCUCACCUGGUGCUCCACGUGCUGUGGCGGAGGCCGUGCAUUAUCCUCGCGGCGGACGGCCUCCACCUGACGCAGCGACGCUCGUCGAACAUCGAGAUGCGGCUGGGGGUGAUGCGGGCUGCGGUGCACCUAAAAUCCAGCGCCAGCACCCUCUCCGUCGUGGUCAAGGUGCAGGAGUACAGCAUCUUGUCGCUCCUGAAGCGGUCGUCGUUGCGCUUCGCCUUCCAGUCCAUCGCCGGCGCAGAGACGAUUGACUUUAACAUGGAGCGCACCACCGCGCAGUUCCACCCGACGGAGGUGGAGGGGUUGAUUCUGCUGGGCCAGCGCAACAUUCUGCUGCCGCGGGAAGUGUACUACUACGGCCGGUAUGAGAAGACGUCGUCGCCGGCAGCGAGCCCGGUGGCGCAGACAAGUCCACCCCCAGCUGCUGCUGUUGCUGCCGUGGGUGCCGCGCCCCCUUCUCCCUCUUCCUCUUCUUCGUCGCCGCCACCACCGCCGCCGCCGGUGCGCAUCAUUCAGGUGCACAUUGACGGCCUCCUCGUCGCCAUCCACGAUGCCGCGGGCCGCAACACACACACCCUUUCUCUCGCUUCCCUCGACGCUUUUGUGGCGGCGGACGGCAGCGCGAAGGUGCUGGUGCCGUCCUUCGGCAUGCUGGACCUCUCCACAAACCGGUACCUCGUGCAGAGCUGCACGAAGUCCCUUUCACACACGGCAAGCCUGAAUGCGAGCGUGGUGCCUGCCCUGGCCUCCUUCGCGCAGCACAACACAACGAUCGGGUCGAGCCCGGAGGGAUCUCUCAAGGCAUCCAUCGCGGGCGGCAACGCCGUGCGCUUCCACUUCGACUCAAACGAACGCGUCGGCAACGUCCACAUCGGCGCCAUCCUCGUCACCGUCAUCCCACGCAGUAUUGGGUCGCUCGCGAACUCCUUCCUCUCGGUGCAGAUCCCCGCCACUCCUGCUGCGCCGGUCCCUGCCACGAACACGGCCACCACCGCUGCCGUCACGGUGAACGCACGGUCGUCCUCUGCCGGAUCGGCAGUGGCAGACGGAGAGAAGGCCGUGCCAGCGCCGGCACCACCGGCGGCAACGAACACCAAUGCGAAGCCUUUUACGUUGAAGACCACGUUAACGGAGUGCAGGGUGCAGUUCUGCCAAGAGGAGCGCGAGGUGGCUCUCCUGCGGCUUUCCCGCAUCGGGUGCAACUCCGUCUCGCACCCCGACGGCACGAACGAACUCUCUGUCACACUAGGCAACUUAUUCAUGGUGGACACGGUAUCGACGUCGACAAACUUCCGCACCUUCAUUUACCCUUACAAGGAUGAGAAGGAGGGCGAGAGGGUCGCGGAGGAGGAGGAAGAGGAAGAGGAGGAGGACACGGACAGCGGCGAGGAUGCAGCGAGCAUCAGCAUCCCAGCCGAUGCGGCGGCGGCGACAACCACCUCGCCCACGCUGGCGGACGCGGUCGUCGAAGGCGCACGCGCCGUUAACACGACAGUAGAGGCGGAGGACAAGCGCAAGCUGAGCAUCUCCUCCGAGCACGCCCCGGAGGUGGACCGUGAGAGCCUGGUGGUCUACCAGGUGAGGUCGCUGCCGUGCAGCAGGAGGAAAGGUCCGCACAAGACAACCACCAGCGACGCAUCGUCGCACCGUCCCAGGUACACCAAGCAGAUGCGGUGCCGCAUUAAGAGCCUUUCUUUCAUCUUUGUGCCCAACGUCGUGCACGCCGUGAUGGAUGCAGUGCGGGAGGUGCAGACGCACGUGUCAGAGGGCAACCGCAGCAAGGCGUACCACUACGUGUCGGACCGAGCAGCCAAGUCGGUGCAGCGCAAGGCGCCAGAAGAGGCGCUAACGGAGGUGGACAUCGUCGUGCAUCGGCCGGAGAUCCUGCUGGUGGAUAAGCCGACGGCGACGUGCGGCAUGCAGCUCUCCCCUGGCCGAAUCGUCGUGAAAAGCCGUCUUGUCGUGCCGCGGCGCUCCAAUGCGGGAGCAGCAGCGGCGGCGACGUCCACGUCGACGGAGGUGGUGCACAGCAAGGCGGAGGGGGACCUCGCCUUACAGGCACACGAGGUCUUUCACGUGCAAGUGCACAAGCUGGGGAUGCUGCUGCAGGAGGUGAAUUGCUUCCAGCAGGAAUGCAGCAUCAUCGUCGAGUAUCAGCGCUCGCUCGCGGCGUCCGUGCAACGUGAGGCCUCGGCGGUGCGCAGCGCGAAUGCAACCACCACCGCUGGUGCCGUGCCUGUUGCACCAGGACUGGGAGGGGCAGCCAACACCACGAGCACCAGCACCGGCCGUGCUACGUCGACCACAAACGACACCGAGACCUCGGAGCAGAACUCGCUGUUGAAGCUGGACAUCCCGGUGCUCUCCAUGAACUUCACGCAGCGGCAGACAGACUUCGCCAUGGAUGUGCUGGGCGCGUUGAUGAAGGGCACGCCGAUGGAUCGCACGGUGCGGACCGUCGAGGAGGGCAGCACCGCAGCGGGCAGCGGGGCAGCAUCCCCCGCAACGGAGGGCAGUGGAAACCGACGGAACACCGGGGCUGGAAGUCCGGCGGUGGUGGCUGGCGUUGGCGCUGUCGCAGGCUCGCCGAACAACGCGUACCUGUCGACGGUGGCAUUUGGGGGAAACACCAGCUACGGCGCGGAGGGGCAGCCCAAGCAGCAGCGGCACCUCUACGACGCGAGUGCCACCGUGCCGGUCACCGCCUUCAGCAUUGACGCGCACGUUGGGAUGCUACAGGCCGAUCUGGCGGACCUCUUCCGCCUGCAUGUUGACGAAGUACGUGUGCAGAGCACGGAGGGGAGCACCACCGGUAAGACCAUCGACGCCCGCAUCGGGUCAAUGUUUAUUCAACACGUCGGAGCGGAGGUGGAUGCCGAGAGCGGCGUGGAAGCCUCAAGGGCGAGGUCCGGUGGCACAUCCGGCUUGGGGACAGCGGGGUCCUCGUCGCCGCCCGGUGGCCCGAGUCCCGCACUCAAGACGGCGCGCAUUCAGGAGCUGGUAGACCUGCUUGUCUUGACGAAGCUGCACGUCCGCUACGUGCAGCCGCAGCCCUCCAUCGAGGUGCAGACAGCUUCCAGCAUGACGGAGAGCACCAUCAUCGUCUCCGCCGGCGCCUUCAACGUGGCGGUGUCGCCUACAAUUCUCUUUGACACGCGCGAGCUGCUUUAUUUGCCAUUCUGCUACAAGGUGCUGCGUGUGCCGAUCGACCCGCUCCCGGUGCUGAACCUCGUGGACGCGACGACCACGCUGGACGGCGAUACGGUGCUGGACGGCAAGCACGUCCUCUUGACCGCCAGCCGCACUCGGUGCAACUACGUGCUGGAUCUGAAUCAGCACAAGCUGGUCCUCACCGGCGCGCCAUCGGGUCAGGUUGUCCUGUGCGAAGGCUGCGAGCUGACCAUCACAAACGGCACGAUCUGCAUCCCUGGCAUGUACACCAUCGGCUCCUACGUCAGUUUCGCCCCGUGCACGGCGCUCUUCACGACGGAGUCCUGCAAGUUUGAGAAGGAAUUUUUGAAUGUGGGAAACUCCGCCUUCUCCGACUCUAUCAUAGGCCAGCCGUCCUUUGCACCACCACCGGCAAUAGCGUCGAACCGCAGCGGAAAGGGCGGCAGUGCGCCGUCGCCGCUGAACACCGCUCGGAGCUCCGACGCCUCUACCGUGGAAACCUUGGCGGCCACGACAGCGCCACGCGCGGAGGUCGCAGAGGACGGUGUCAUUGAACUGCGCGAUCGCACCGUGCGGGUCAUAGCAGAUUUUUACUGCGACGAUAUUCAGCUGCAGAUGCUGUCAGAGGAGGUGGUCGACCUGUCGGUGUCGCUGCGCAUGCAGUCACACAUGAAAUUCGUGCAAGACUGGGAGAACGAGCAGGCGGCCCGACGCACCGUGUCGGUGCAGAUGAUCAGCGUGCGCUCCGGCGAGGACGAGGCGCACAUUCUGCUGCCGACGGACAUGGUGAUGAACGUGACGGGGGUUGACAGCGUGAGUGUGUCCCUGAUUCUCGACUCGAUGGAAUUCUGCACCCGCACGACGCUGCUGCGAUCGCUGGUGGAGCUGGCCAAGGACUUCGGGGCGGCCUUCAUCGAAGAGACAACGGUGUCACGGCAGAAGCCGCGCAUCGAGUAUGAGACCGCGUCGCUGGACGCGCUGUACCCCGUGCUCGAGGCUGGCGAGUGCCAGCACUGCGGUCGCGAUGUCGCCUACCUCGCCUUGGCCAGCGACAAGCCCGGCAUUCUGUGCUACAAGUGCUGCACGGGCUACGACUCCUUGCCCGCCAUUGACUUUCGGGUGGAGGUGCCGUUGGUGGAUGGCAUCCUCUUCGGCUCUACCGGUGAUAUGGCCCACAUCUACAUGCGCAACGUGCUGCUCUCCGUAGACCCGGCGAUGGACGUCCAGCUGACGCUGCGCAUGUUCCUCGACGGCUUCAGCAACGCCGCCGCGGUGUGGGAGCCGGCGAUUGAGCAGUUCGACGCGACCGUCACUGGCAGCGUCAGCACGCACGACUACCGCAUUCGCAUGGACCGCCUUGACUGCGUGCUGUCGCCGCAGAACAUCCGCCUGCUGUCGAACAUGAUCGCAGACUACGGCGCCGCAACGGCUCUGCAGAAGCAGCUGCGAAAGCGGUUCCGUCGACAGAAGCAGCAGCGCACGCAGCAGGUGGCUCCGAAUCAGGGUGUCCCGAUGUACGUCAACGCGGGUCUACUGGAGGAGGUCGCCCGUGUAGAGCUGCAAGAGGAGGAGAUGACCCUCGCGGCCGACAGCGCAGAGCAGAACGUCAGCAUCUUCCAUCCCAUCGGCGUCGCCGCCACGUCGCCUCCGUACCCCUCGCUAAACGGCAUCAACGCCGCCGCCCUGACCAACACGUCCAUCUUCGACAUUCUCAGUUCAACAAAUCGUCGUCUGCUCUCCGGGGCCAUGGCGCUUGCUAGCGGGGAGGCGGACAAGGCUGACGCCGACGCCGUUGCCGUGCCCCCGAAGCGCGGCUACGCCCACGUGUACGUGACGAACCACUGCAACGUGCCGCUGCUGGCCGACGGCCGUCGCGUCAACCCCCGCGGCGGCACUCUGCGCUUCAUAGCGAAGGACCGUAUGGUGAAGAUAAACCGCGUAGUGAAGCCGGAGGAUGAGGUGCCGGAGGAGACGGACUACGCAACGAGCAUCUCGAAUCCACCCUUGUACGUGCAGACGAAGUACAUGGUGCUAGAGACGAGGGUGCUGCUGGGCCAGGACGACGGCUCACGCUUUCUGCGCCGCACCGUCACCAUGAAGGUGUACCCCCUGCACACGUCCCACACGAUCAUCUGCGUGGAGAACCGUCUGCAUUGCGGGCUGGCGUCCAUCGGCAACUACGCGCCCAUCAAACCCGGCGAGCGCUUUUACCUGGCCCCCAAUACGGACCUCGACACAGCGAUGCUGGUGCAGCCCGUCCACACACCAGACCGGGUGGAGUACGAAGCCGGCAGGGCCGCCGGCGAGGCGGUGGAAUUCUGCCCCACAUCAACGAGCAUGCACGACGUGUUGUGUGGUGUGCCGAUGGUGCUGGUGUGCAAGGCGAAGGGGUACGCGGACAAGAUGAUGACGGUGAAGGUGUACGCGCGGCAAGAGGAGAUGCGCGGCGGGGUGCCGACCUUUACCAUCACCGUCGAGCCGCGCUUCCGCCUGCGGAACAAGUUGCCGUAUCGCCUCAUUGUGAACGUAUUACCGGACCCCCACGGUGACCUGGCGAGGGGCCGCACGCCGGCUCGUCCGGUGCCGCCGCUGGUCAGCACCGUCCUGGAGGUGCGACAGGGCGCCGACCUCGCCCUCAACACGUACCGGCUGGAUCAGGUGGUGUUUUUGCUCGAGGUGCGGCAGCGCAGGCCACCGCAGGCGGUGUGCGACUACAACAACACCACCGGCAGCGCACCGACAGCCUCGACGCCGCCGGCCAGCGCGCCGCGCGGUAAGUCUGCCGAGGAAGAGGAGGUGUUCUCCACGCUGGUCCCCACCGCGAUCAGCGAAGACAGCCCGUACAUCUCCCUCCGCUCGCAGCUCCGCCGUGAGCUGCUCAUCCACGCCGUGUACGUCCCCUCCAAGGGCUCCGUCAUCUUUACUACCCCCUUCGUGCUGCUCAACCACUCCCCGCUUUCGUUGACGUUGCGGGAGUGCAAGCCGGACGGGUCCAACAAGCUGUACGACGCGGAGCCGAACUUCAGCGUGCUGCAUCCGGAGAUGAACGCAAGUGUGGCUGCCACGCCGAUGGACAUUCGCAAAGGCGAGAACUUCUUCGUGAACGUCUACCACGAACAGUAUCGAGGCACCUGUGUUCCACUGCACGCGCAGCAGCGCGGUGUGGUGAUUCUCCAAGACACGACCGCCCCCAAGGCCGCCAAGUCGAAGGCCUUCUCGUCGUGCAGUGGCGGGUCCAAGAAGAGGUCAGACAGCGGCAGCACGGCGGCGACGGCGAAGGUCGGACCCACCGUCAUCCACCUCGCCUACUCUGCGCAGGUCGACCCGUGCGGUUCGCUGCUGGUGACGUUUGCCCCCCGCUGGGUCGUCGUGAACCGCAGCCACCUCCCCCUCUACGUCGCCCCCGCCACCUACAACGGCAUCACCGCCGAGGAGGCGAGCGCGGUGGCCACGACGGCGGUGGUUGCCUCACAGCAGAAGGAGUGCGACGGCGCCAAGGCAGCGGAGGCCGCCGCCUGCCCUCCGGCCUCCCCGACGCAGCAGCAGCAGAAGAUGGAUGACAUCAAGAGCGCCUUGCAGGAGAUGGUGGCGGAGAACAGCGUCGUGUUCCUGUCGGAUGCCCCGACGCAGGUGAUAGCGUUGCCGCCGUACAGCGCGACACCGUUUUACGAGACCCCGCUCUGCGCCCCAGAGGUGGGCUACAACAUUCACGUCCUGCAGAGUCCGCUGGCGCCGCUGUAUGGUACUCCGGUCGGCAUCGAGAGCAUUCACAGCGAGCUGAUUGUCGCGUACAAGCCGCCGGCGGACACGCGGAGGUCGCAAGGGGGCUCGAGCGGCAGCACGAGAGGCGACAACGACCGGAAGGACACGUCGGCUGAUCGGGAUCGGUUUCUGGAGGUGUCUCUGGUGGUGCGGGGCUCGUACACGUACGUGGUGCUGGAGCCGCCGGAGCGGGUGCCAUACCUGCUUCUGAACCGCACCAACUACCUGAUUGAGGUGCGCGACACGGCGACGAAGAGCAAGGGGCGGCUCAUGGCACGCGUGCAGCCGGGCUGUGGCACAGAUUUAAUUCUCGACACAUCGGUCACGACGCUCACGCAGGUGCGCCUCUUCAACGCGGACGGGUCGAAGGUGGUGUAUGAGGUGGAGUUUGACGUUAGCCGACCCAUGACGCGACGCGAGAUGAGCGCCGCCGUGUCGUCGCCGGUGGGCGUGACGUACUCCCUCGGCUACGGUGGCUUUGGGCAGCAGAUCAUUGAUCUGUCGCCUGCGAAGGCUACGCUGCAGUCUGCGUACACGAGCGUGGCCGCCCCCCCGACGCCCAUCAAUGUGCUGCUCAACCUGGGCGUGGCCACCUUGUCAGUGGUGAUGCCCAACCGCGAUGUCCUGUUCUGCGCCGUCACGGAUAUUCGCUUCAGCUGGGACCGGCAGACGGAUCGGGAGGUCAUGAAGUUCAGCAUGGAGAACUUUCAGGUGGACAACCAGACGGAGGUUUCGCCGCGGUACGACUCGUGCAUCCUCUCUCUGCGCACCUCGAACUGCUUCGCCGCCGCGUCGGGCUAUGUGGAGCGCGUGCUGGUGCCGGCGAAGGGACUGAUUUGUUUGAACGAGGUCCGCCUGGACUUCGUGCCGCUGGCGUUGCGGGUUUCCGACACGCUGCUGGUGGCCUGCGCAGGCUUCGUGCAAGCCGUCCGGAGCGGCAGUGAUGCACCGGUGGAGGUUUCGAACCAGAGCAUGAUAAGCGGCAGUACAAGCACGGUGGAUCUGCAAGAAGCUGCAGCCGCCCCGCGUGAGCGUUGCCCCACCGCCGCGAAGCUCUACGCAGACGCGCCGGUGCAGAUCGACAUGUGGGCCGCGAAGCUGACGCUGGAGCGCUUUAUCAUUAACCCGAUCAUCGUGCGGGUGUGGCUGACCCGUGACGUCGAGGGGCACGACUUCUUCCGCGAGAACAUCAACUCGAAGGACGCGGCGCUGCUGUCGAUGUUGGUGUCCUCCUGCGAGGACGUCACCGUGGCGGCGCCGGGCAUCGUCACGGCGAAGCAGACGAGUCGUCUUGGGGUGUUUGCGGAGUGGGUUCUCAAGACCUACCAGGACGGCCUACUCUCCCAGUUGAAAGGCUUGCUGCUGCAGUACGCAUCGUCGCUGCCCAUGAUUGGCGCCCCGCUGAAGCUCGCCUCCGGCUUCGGCAACGGUGCGGUGCGUCUCUUCCGCGACCCCAUCGAAGGGCUCUCCACCUCGCCGUCGGCCUUCGCGCAGGGCAUCGCGCGCGGCUCGGCCGGCUUCGCGCAGGAGUUCGCCGGGGGAGGCCUCGGCGCCUUCUCCAACUUCACGGACUCGUGGUCGCGCCUGCUCAGCAUGGGCGGUGGUGUGUCGGAGAAGGAGCGUCGCCGGCAGAACACGCUGAGCGGCCUCGCGAGCGGCUUGUUGGGGAUCAUUCAGCGUCCCAUGGAAGGCGCGGCAGAGUCGGGCGCGACGGGCUUCCUGAAAGGCACCGCACACGGCCUGGUCGGCGUGGUGGCGAACCCGAUGUCCGGCCUGCUCUCCGACGUGUCACGGGCGACAGGCACGCUGGGGAAGUUGGUGACGGACACGUACAUCCCCAAGACGCACCGGCUACGGCCCAUCCGCGACUUCUACGCCAACGGCGGCGUCGCUCCAUGGCGCUCGCUCGUGUCCGUCUACCAGUACCAGCGCCUCAAGACGAGCACGCAGACCUUCUCGGGCGACCAGCUCUUGUCCAGCGUGGACGGUCCGGAGUGGUACCCGUCGAAGCGGGAGGGCGCCACCUACGGCCGCAACAAGCUGCCCAUUCCCGAGGAGCGCUGGACGUUGGAUCGCUACCACACCAACUUCGAGGGGUGGACCUACAGCACCAAGUACUACGGCCUCUACACAGAGCGCCAGACCCCGCAGGUGCGGGUGCGACGGAUGCGCUGGACGGCGCUGGUGCGGCCGCUGCCCUACUCCCGCGUCGCCUUCUACCUGCGUGUGGCGCCUGGCAUGGAGACGCAGCGCCGGCGCACCGCCUCCCUCUUCGCCAGCCCCACCCUGACCCCGCAGGAGACCAACAUUCCCUUCACCUCCCCCGGCCAGCUCCAGGCCAUCACGGUGGAGCAGGCGAAGGCGCGCAAGAAGCGCUUCUUGGACCUGCCCGGCAUCCACCACGGCCGCCACGGCAGCAGCAGCGGCAGCUUUGGCCGAAGCCGUAGCCGAAGCCGUUCUGCAAAUGGUGCCGGAAGCCCCCACAAGAAGUCACACGGGUCGAGCGAGUACUCCGUCGAGGAGGAGUACGCAAACCAGAAAAGUUCGUUGCAUCAACGCAUGCGCAACUUGACGGCCACGGGCCGCCACGUCGGUGUCUCAACAGAGACGCUGAAGGGGACGGUCAAUAUGCCGGGGGAUGAGGAGGACGACCCGGUCACGGGCGGACACACGAGCGUCAGCAUGUACAGUGUGGAAGGGGGAAGUGCCGCCGGUAGCCUCGGCGCUGCCCCGGCUGCCAGCGCGGCGGGUGCAGGCGGCACGAUCAAGCUCUCCCGCAGCACGGCGGACCUGCAGGCCCCCGAUGCCCCACGCAACCGGCAGAAGCAGAAGAAGCAUCAGCACUCCCGCAGCGCGUCUGACCUGGAGGCCGUCUCCGGCUCCAGCAGCGGCGCUUCGCAGGACGAGGGGAAGACGAAGAAGGGUGGCGUCAGCAAGCAGGACAAGAAGAAGGCGGAGGCGAUCGGUGCUGCCACGCGGGACAGCAGCACCGAGGCCGCCGGCUCGAAGUUGCCACAACCCGGUGCGGCGCGAAGUGUGCGCAGCAACAGCGGCAGGGUGGUGACGGCGGACGCCACGGCGGGGCUGGCGAACGUGCCGGGUGCGUCGCCGACGUUCGCCUCCCGCACGUCUGGCACGGCGGCUGGUCCGCUGCCCACCACCAUCGUCGAGAUUUACGAGUACGAGCAGCGGGUCGCGCUGGUGGGGUGGGGGAAGCGGUACCUGCCGUCGGAGUGCCCCGGUUGGCAAGACACGCACGGCAACGAGGUGCCGAGUCGGCAGGACAUCCGCGCCCCGGCAGGGUGGACGUGGACGACCGAUUGGACCAUCGUUGGCGGCGACAGCGCGGGGUGGACGAUGAUGAACGAGCAGAAGAACCUGCGCCGGCGCAUGUGGCAGCGGCGCUUGGUGAAGCAGCCCCAAGCGCAAAGCCCAUCCUCGUAA